GGUGAUUGUCAAAAAUGUGUGAUGCGCUUCUCCGGUAUCUCGCAAAGCAAAAAGUUUUAAAUCGUUUAGUUUUAAAUAUUCAAAAAUUUUGUAAAAAUGCUCGCUUUACAACCCGGUACGACGACAGCCGGAAUUCCAGAUAAGCUAUGGCAACCACAUUUCGUCACAUUUGAAACUACAAUGGGUGAAAUUUCUAUUGAACUGUACUGGAAACAUGCGCCCAACACCUGCCGGAACUUUGCUGAGCUGGCGCGCCGAGGCUACUACAACGGAACCAUAUUCCAUCGCAUCAUUCGGGAUUUCAUGAUUCAAGGCGGCGAUCCAACCGGUACCGGACGUGGAGGACAAUCCAUCUAUGGGGCAACGUUUGCCGACGAGAUCAAUGCCGACCUGAAACACACCGGCGCCGGAGUGGUUUCGAUGGCCAAUUCUGGUCCGGACACCAAUGGGUCACAGUUCUUCAUUACUUUGGCGCCAACGCAGUGGCUCGAUGGGAAGCACACCAUAUUUGGGCGGAUCCACACCGGCAUGCAAGCAAUCAAACGGAUAGGUCAGGUGGAAACGGACAAAAAUGACCGGCCCGUGGAACAGGUAAAAAUUUUAAAGGGCAAGGUGGAAAAGUAUUGAGUUUAAUAAAUCUUAAUAUUUGUUUGUAAA